CCGGUCGCCAUGUUUAGCCGGAUUCACACAGUUAAAUAGAGCAACUGCCUUGUUCAGCUUUCGCCAGUAGUUUUACUCUUUUAUAUGAUUAAUCCGUAUGUGUUUUAGACCAAAUUAAUUUUUAAAAGUACCCGUGCCUUUGAUAAUAUGCUCAGUAAGUCUGGGUAGUAAAGGGACGCGUUAUUUGUCUGUUAUGGACCCUCUUAACCAGGUCGAUGUCAUGCACCUUCAGGAGUCUCGUUCCUCUGCUCUGGAUCUGUCCGUGGGUUGCAGACAGAGUCCUUUAAAGACAAACCCCAUGGAGGCUUUGGAUCUAGUGAAAAAGCCCAGCUGGUGUGGCAUUACCUCAGGGAGCAAAAGCGUUAACAUGUCUGAGUCUCGGUACAUCACUCGGCCCAGCAAACCGAAGUCGCCGGACCAACCAGGAUCGAAGCAUCAUGGGACAAGGACUUGCGGCUCGUCAUCCCACGGCCCCUACUCUAUACCUUUACCCCUAAUCAAUGGCUUGCCAUCUGUGGCUCAAAUACUGUCCCAAUGUCCACCAACAGACCAAGAGUUUACAGAUGACAGUGAUUACAGUGUUGAAAUGGAAAUGGACGAUGUCACAUGUCACAAAAAAACAAAUUCUGUGUUAGAAAACAGCACACUGGGAGGUAGGAGAGCACGUAAUGUAUUAGAGACGCAUCCACAACACAUUCUGACCAGUUGUGGUGAAACAUACUUGAGUGACACAGGCGUGUCACAAAUUAAGGGCUCAUCUUGUUUACCUCAGGACACCAGCGCUGCUGCAUACACACUACACUCCACCAGCUCAGCAGUUGAGCAAACUGCCAUCGAAACGCUCGCAUCCGAAUGUACCGGCGCUAAAAAAACAUCUCCAUGCUCCAUCGAAUACAUUUCUAGUGAAGAUGACAGUGACAUCGUUGAGGUGCCUGUUAGCACCUCCAGAUGCAAGACGCCUCCAAACUGCCGUUCCCGAACUGUAAGCGUUAUAGUUAAUGAGAGAAGUCAUGGAAGACUAAGAAAUUCCUCCGUAAAGCAAGAAGUUGAAAUGGACUGCUCUCCCAAAAAUGUGAACAAUGUCUAUGCCAUGGAUGAACCUGGUUUUGAAGCCCAUGGCGGUAGGACUGGCUCCGAAUCCAAGUCGUUGCUCUCAUGGAUGGAGUCGGUCUGCAUUCCCAUAUCUCCAGAAGACAGCGAUCAAGACAUGCAUGCUGAUUUUCCAAAAAACUUCCCAUCUACCUCAGAUGCAGAAAACACAAGCAUCUUCAAGUCUCCACAGAGUGGGGCUUCGUCAACAUCAAGCCGUCCGCGAAAAACUCCAGCAUCGAAGAGUAGGAAACAGGCGAAGCCGAGGCCCAAACAAAGAGCCAAACCUAAGAAGCCCGCUAAGCGGGCGAAAGCGCCAACGGCUAGCAAAUCGGCAACAAGCACCGCAAAGAGAAGACGCAGAAAACCUCGCUCGUCUGGACCUUCAUCCAUGUUUUUCACCUCAAGAGCCGGAGAUCAAACUAAAAUAUGCAAACCACAAAGAAGACAAGAAGGACGCCAGGCCGGACAGCUUCGCCCCGUACAUUCACAUGGAGUUAUCAUCCUGCACAAUCGUCAAUUUUCGGGAAGAGGAUGUUUAUUCGACAAAGAAAGGCUCGCAGCAGGUGGUCUCGGGGGUCAUCCCAAAGACGUCCUGUUUGCAGCUUGGCCGCGUCGGCUCUGACGCCAGGUUGCAGGUCAAGCAUUUCUGCUGCUUGUGUGGAAGGACGGGCAAUGUUGAAGGCCUCGGGGAUUUGCAUGGGCCGUACCGCUCCAGUGGAGUUCAGCCCGUCUGUAAAUCUGACAGCAGUCCUGCUGUCCAAAAGCAGGAACUGGACUGCAGCGAUUUAGACUCGGUUUAUAGUUUAGAGGAUGGGGCAUCCCAGUCUGUCAAACGGCAGAGGAAGGAGAACUGCUCGGAGGGCGUUGAGGAGUCUAGGGUGUGUAGUGAGCACUGGAUACAUGAGGACUGUAGCAUCUGGACUGCCGGCAUCUUUUUGGUUAAAGGGAAACUCUACGGAUUGGAGGAAGCCAUUCGGCUUGCGCAGGAAACAGUGUGUUCAUUCUGUCACAGGGUCGGUGCCACAUUGGGAUGUUUCUUCAAAGAUUGCCCCAAUAAGUACCAUUUCCCCUGUGCCCUGCAGUCAGACAGUGCACUCAAUGAGGAGAACUUCACGAUAAGAUGCCCCAAGCACAAGAAUAAAACAUCCAGAGUGAGCGUUAGCAGACUGAAGAACAGAUGACAUUUGGGAGGAGCUGAUAUGUCUUUGAAGGUAGACUUGGCCAGACAUUCAAUGUGGCUGUGGAGUGGAUCCCUAAUGUGUUUACAGAUUGUUCCAUUUGAUUUAGUGCUUCACAUUUUGAGUGUUUACAUGUACUCUCAGGCAGUUGAAUGUUCGGAUGUGCUUUGUCUGUGCUACAGACGGCCGCUGCCUUUUACCUGUCGCUCGAGUGGUACCCUUGGACAAUGCUGGAUGAUUUUCAUUGCAUUCCUCUGCGUUCUAAACACCCGAUGAAUUCAACCACUGCAGAUUUGUACGUCUCCGUUUCAUUGACGUUUACUCAAGGCCAAAUAUCUCCAUCUGCUUCAGGCUGAAUCCUGUAAAACCCUUUACAACGUUACGGCAAUCUAACCAACAGUGGAGAUUUCAAACGAGAGCCUCGUUUCAUUGGAAGUAACCAUUCAAGCAAAAGUGCUUGAUUUUUCUCCUUGAUUUUUAUUGUUAUAUGCACUUCAGUGUCUCGUAGUUCAUUAAAUAUAUAACACCAAUUGUCCAUUCUGUAACAGUGAUGUCUUUAUUACAUAAAAUUUGAAAUGCUGAAUGAACUAGUCUCCUCCGGUGGUACCGUAUGCACUAUUACGU